UCCACGUCGAACCGGUAGAGUGGGUUCACAAAAGAUUGGCGUCGAAGGCACCCAUACGAGCCCGACUGCCAUUGCCAUUCUGUUCUGGAUCUACGCGUCCCAUGACAAGAAAACCCAUUUUUCUUUUUCUUUUUCAAUUUCAAUUUCAAUUUUAAUUUCCAUUUUGCCCUUCCUUACUUUACCUGCUGACGCUGAUAAUGGUGGGUCGCUUCAUUCAUGCGACUCUGCUUUGAGUGAUUGUCCCGAUAAUUUCGAAUUCCACUUGUAAUAGCAAUGGGUUCUUCGUUUAUCUGUCUGCCGAUUUAAUUUUGAAGCAAAGGGAAGAUGCCUCUGCCUCUGCCUUUUUCCUUCUCUGUAAAGCAUUCGAUCCGCCGAAUCUGAGGCUUUCUUGGAUUCUAUUGCACUUGCCACUUUUCAAUCGUUCAAACCCCUUGACGGAUCACGAAAUUUCGUGAGUUAAGAUUGAUGCGCCAUGCAGAGAUCACGCAAAGCUCUUCUAAAAAGAAGAGCUUUGGAAGAGGUUAUUUCGGGGAGGAAACACCUGUAUAAGGUCUCUCUUUCAGUCGUCGUCGUUCUAUGGGGCCUUGUGUUUCUUUUGAAUACCUGGAUCGGCUAUGGUAAUGGUCAGAAAGACAAGCAUGAAGAAUAUUCCGUUAAUACAACAAGAUGGGAUAAAGAGCAAGUUUCACCUGAUGAAGGUGCAAAUUCUGAAUUGUCGGUCGACAGAAAUCAUCCAUCAGAAGGAGUUGGCGUUGAAGCUAAAGGUCCCUAUGCCGACUCAUCUCUGCAUACUCAUGAAACUGAUUUUAGUGUUGCAGAAAUAAAAUCUGAAUAUGAUACUGUAGAGGAGGCUAAGUCAAAGAGAAAUCCACCCGCCAAUUUGGAAGAGUCGAAAAUGGACAGGUUGUCAUCAAAUGGAGUACCUCCAGGUCUCGAUGAAUUCAAAAAUAAAGCGUUUAGUUCGAGAAGCACGUAUCAAACUGGUCAGGAUGGAAGUAUCAUACAUAGAGUCGAGCCUGGCGGGGCAGAAUACAAUUACGCGUCGGCUUCAAAAGGCGCAAAAAUUUUGAAUUACAAUAAGGAAGCCAAGGGGGCGUCUAACAUAUUAAACAGAGAUAAAGACAAGUAUCUCCGAAAUCCUUGCUCAACUGAAGAAAAGUUUGUCGUCAUAGAACUUUCUGAAGAAACAUUGGUGGAUGCUAUAGAAAUAGCUAAUUUCGAGCACCAUUCGUCGAAUUUGAAAGAUUUUGAGUUAUUAGGCAGUCCCUUUUAUCCGACUGAUUCGUGGGUCAAACUUGGAAAUUUUACGGCUGCAAAUGUGAAGCAUACCCAAAGAUUUGUUCUUCCCGAACCGAAAUGGGUGAGAUAUCUUAAAUUGAAUCUUCUGAGCCAUCACGGCUCAGAAUUCUAUUGUACUUUGAGUGUUCUCGAAGUGUACGGCGUAGAUGCUGUUGAGAAAAUGCUCGAGGAUCUGAUUUCAGUUCAAGAUAAGCCGUCAGCGUCCGGAGAAUUGUCAGAUGAGAAGAAGUCUAAUCCGAAACAUCAAGCGCCGAAUGAAGGGGACGGUAUUGAAUUUUCAGUCGAGGAAGAAGACAACACAAUUGGAAACUCUGAUGCCAAUAGGAUACGACUGGAAGCCGAUGCGCUCGAUCCAGUUGAAGGUGUCCGUCACCGACAAUUUAAUAGGAUGCCGGGAGAUAGUGUUCUUAAGAUUUUAAUGACAAAAGUACGAUCAUUGGAUAUGAAUUUGGCUAUUGUUGAGCAAUACUUAGAGGAAUUGAAUUCCCGUUAUGGUGAUAUGUUUAAAGAAUUUGAAAAGGAUGUCGGGGAUAAAGGCGCGCUCUUGGAGAAGAUUGCGUCGGAUAUUCGGAGUUUAUCUGAAAGCAGAGAGGGCACGAAUACAAGGAUUGACGAUCUUGUGUCAUGGAAAUCUCAUGUUUCGUCGCAAUUGGACAGUAUAAUCAAAGAAAAUGCGAUCCUAAGAUUGGAGGUUGAAAAGGUUCGACAGAAUCAGUUACAUUUGGAAAAUAAAGGGAUCGUUAUCUUUCUUGUGUCGGCAGGUUUUUGGGUGUUGGGCGCAAUGGGAUUAUUCAUCGAUAUGAUUUUGAAUGUGAAUGGAUUGGGAAAUUCCAGGAAAUUUUGUUCUGAGAGGCCAUCCUGGUUUUACCUGCUGCUCAGCUGCAGCAUUACCAUUAUCAUUCUCGCCUUAUAGAUAUUGUAACUUCUUCGACAUUCUUUCGUGCUAUAUAUAUAUAUAUAUAUAUAUACUAUAUGGUUCAAAAAAAAGGAAGAAAUUUAUGUUACAUUUUCGAAAUGAAAUUCAAUUUAUUGAUCCUCUGGUGUUUAUGUAUGUAUCUUCUUAAGUCUUUUAAUUGUGAGCAGGACAUUAUGUCUUUGUAGA